UGGCUUUUCCCCUCCGUUGCUCCUCCUACUCUCGAUCCUUCUCCUCCUCCUCCUCCAAGAUCCGACCUUUCCCCUCCAACCCCGCUCCGAUCCCUCCCCUCUGCGAUCUCCGCCCCGCCAUGAGCUCCACCGCGACCCCUUCUCCUCCCCGAGCCGCGGCGGUCCCCGGACUGGCUGCCGACGACGUCGCCGCGGCCGCCGAGGCGGCCUUCGCGCGGCACUCCUCCUCUGGUCUGAAACGCAGCGGCCGCGGCGUCGCAGUAAUGUGGUUCAGGAACGACCUCCGGUUGCUGGAUAAUGAAGCCCUAGUGCGGGCGUGGGCGGCGUCGGAGUGCCUCCUUCCUGUUUACUGUCUGGAUCCUCGCCACUUUGGAACCACCCAUUACUUCGGUUUCCCUAAGACUGGAGCAAUCAGAGCACAGUUCCUGAUCGAAUGCUUGGAGGAUCUGAAGAAGAAUAUGAUGAAGCGAGGGCUAAAUCUUCUCGUGCAGUAUGGAAAGCCUGAGAGUAUACUUCCCCAAAUUGUGAAAACUUUAAGCGCCCAUUCAGUUUAUGCUCAGAAAGAAACAUGCAGUGAGGAGCUACUUGUCGAAAGGCUUGUUCGCAAAGGUCUGCAAGAGGUGGUUCUACCUCAAGGUGGAUCUUCAAACCAAAGGGGGGCUAUCAAUCCAAAACUAGUGCUAGUAUGGGGAUCUACCAUGUACCACAUUGACGAUCUUCCAUUCACCGCGAACAACUUGCCAGACGUUUAUACACAAUUCCGAAAAGCUGUUGAAUCAAAGUCUACACUUAGGAAUUGUUUCAAGUUGCCACCAUCACUUGGGCCACUUCCAGAAGAUGGUUUGUUGGAUGGAUUAGGCGGAUGGGGAACUAUUCCAAUUCUUGAACAACUUGGAUUGAAGGAGAUAAAGUGUGAACAAGGUAUGUGUUUUCAUGGAGGUGAAAAUGCAGCUCUAGGAAGAAUUUUUGAGUACUUCUGGAAAAAGGAUCAGUUAAAGGAUUACAAAGAAACGAGGAAUGGCAUGUUGGGGCCAGACUACUCGACAAAGUUCUCACCUUGGCUUGCUUCAGGAAGUAUUUCUCCGCGAUACAUACACGAGGAGGUGAGGAGAUACGAGAAGCAGAGACUAGCAAAUGAGUCAACAUACUGGGUUCUAUUUGAAUUAAUAUGGAGGGACUACUUCAGGUUUCUAUCCAUAAAAUAUGGAAAUUCCAUUUUUCAUCUCGGGGGUCCAAGAAAUGUGGUGUCAAAUUGGAGCAAAGACAAAUUGAUGUUUGAAUCAUGGCGAGAUGGCUACACUGGCUAUCCUCUUAUUGAUGCCAACAUGAAAGAGUUAUUCACAACUGGUUUCAUGUCAAACCGAGGUCGCCAGAUUGUUUGUUCGUUUCUUGUUCGAGAUAUGGGCAUCGAUUGGCGCAUGGGAGCCGAGUGGUUUGAGUCCUGCUUGCUGGAUUAUGAUCCAGCUUCAAACUAUGGUAAUUGGACCUAUGGAGCCGGUGUUGGUAAUGACCCGAGGGAAGAUCGGUAUUUCAGUAUCCCAAAGCAAGCGAAGACUUAUGAUCCGGAAGGGGAGUAUGUUGCUUAUUGGUUGCCCGAACUACAAAAACUCCCCAAGGAAAGAAGAAACUUUCCGGGGCAGUCAUACAUUAAGCAAAUUGUACCUCUUAAAUUUGACAACACGGCUUGGGGAAAUACUAAUGUUAGAAGAGGCAGAAGAUAGAAUAUCUGAUGUAAACAAAGAGCCAUUCUCCUUUAGUUGUGGAAUUCUAUAACAAGUUUACAUGUAAUUUUAUUAAAUAAAUAGUUAGUUGAUUUUAUGUUAAUUUGUAUAGUUUUAUACAUGAAUAACAAAGUUUGAUAUACAAA